GAGGGGGUGAGGCAGGACUGGAGCUGCGGAGGCUGCUGCGGAGAGGGGUGUCGGGUUCCUAGCCUGAAGGCAGGUGGGAUGAGGAGCAGGAGUCGGGGCUCCCUGCUUCACUGAGGGACGUUUGAGAAGAAGUUUGGAGUCCAGAGGGGGGCCUCGGUCUGACACGCACACGCACGCACACGCAGGCAUCUUGAGAAUAGCGGGAGGUGCAUUACGUCAUAGCCUCCCAUCGCCCUGGAUGACCGUGCGCGCAGGACGGGAUGAUGCUGCGCUGCUGGACUAGAAAAGGACCAGAAUACACUGCUGCCGUGCGCGAGCUCCCGCGGGCGCUGUCUCGAUCUGAGGGAGGAGGAGAGGAAGAGGAGCCGCCGUCGCGCGGCCGCUGGCUCUGAUGGCUCCUCGCGCCCCGGGCGGGAAAGAGAUACAGCAGUCGCCGCGGCGCGGGAAGGACAGCAGGUAUCUGGGAAGUGACGUGGUGUCCGCGCCCCGCCAGCGAGCACCACGGUGCGGUUGUCGUGCGUUUCGCAGGAGGGCAGGAGCGGGAAGGGGAACAUGGCCGCGCAGUCGGACGGCGGCAAAGCCGGGGUCGGGUUCGCCCAGCUGUACGACGUCGACGCGGACGAGCCUCUGGACUCCGCCGCGAUCCACAUCUGCCAGUGCUGCCGAUCCUCCGCCUGCUACUGGGGCUGCCGCUCCGCCUGCCUGGGCUCCCUCGGCGGGGGCCAGCCCAUCGGGGGGAUCGGGAUCCGGGAGACCCACUGCCCUCCCCGCGAGCAGCUGUGGCUGGACUGCCUCUGGAUCAUCCUCGCCCUGCUGGUCUUCUUCUGGGACGUCGGCACGGACCUGUGCCUGGCGGUGGACUACUACCAGAGGCAGAACUACCUCUGGUUCGGCCUCACCCUCUUCUUCGUGCUGGUGCCGUCGGUGCUAGUCCAGAUCCUGAGCUUCCGCUGGUUUGUGCAGGACUACACCGGUGGGGGGCUCGGGGAGGUGGAGGGGCUCACGAAGCGGGGCACGGUGGUUCUGGGGUGUCUGUAUCCCGGGAAGGACCGCCUGCAGCUGGUCACCAUCUGGCUGUGGCAGGCCACCAUACACAUCCUCCAGCUGGGCCAGGUGUGGAGGUAUAUCCGGACACUGUACCUCGGCGUCAUGUCUCGCCGACAGAAAGAGCACCAGCGCCAGUGGUACUGGGCCAUGAUGUUUGAGUAUGCCGACGUCAACAUGCUGCGUCUGUUGGAGACCUUCCUCGAGUCCGCUCCUCAGCUGGUCCUGCAGCUCUGCAUCAUGAUCCAGGAGAACAGAGCCGAGACGCUGCAGUGUGUCUCUUCCUUAGCCUCCCUCCUCUCCCUUUCUUGGGUUCUGGCCUCCUACCACAAGCUGCUACGUGACUCUCGUGAUGACAAACGCAGCAUGAGCUACCGCGGGGCGCUGUUACACCUGUUCUGGCGUCUUUUCACCAUCUCAUCUCGUGUCCUCUCCCUCGCCCUCUUCGCCUCCCUCUUCCACAUCUACUUCGGCAUCUUUGUGGUAAUCCACUGGUGCGCCAUGGCCUUCUGGGUGGUCCACGGAGGCACUGACUUCUGUAUGUCCAAGUGGGAAGAGGUGCUCUUCAACAUGGUGGUUGGGAUCGUCUACAUCUUCUGCUGGUUUAAUGUGAAGGAGGGACACACACGUUAUCGAAUGAUAGCGUAUUACAUUGUAGUGUUGGCUGAGAACUCCAUCCUUACUGGCCUGUGGUAUGCUUACCGGGAUCCAGUGCUGACCGACCAGUAUGCCUUCCCAAUGCUGUGCGGCGUCUACCUGACAUUUGCUGGAGGCGUCCUGGUCAUGCUCCUGUACUACGGUUUCCUGCACCCUGCCACUGUCCACCUCCAGCCGAGCCCCGCCUCAUCCUGCUGCGCCCAGCUGCUGUGGGGUCUCCCUCUUCCCCCCUCAGCCCCGCCCACUGCCCCACCCACUCCAGCCCACAUGACCAAGUCCCAGACGGAAGAGGAUGUGGCCGAGACGUGUCUUCCAGUCUUCCAGGUGAGGUCUGCCCCCCCAACCGCCAGGCCAGAGGGCCCGCUAAUAAAAAUUGACAUGCCCAGGAAGCGUUACCCGGCGUGGGAUGCCCAUUACGUUGACCGUCGCCUGCGGAGGACUAUAAACAUCCUGCAGUACAUAACGCCUGGCGCUGUGGGCAUCCGCUACCGUGAUGGACCUUUGCUGUAUGAACUUUUGCAGUACGAGUCCUCACUCUGACACACACACACACACACACACACACACACACACACACACACACACGUACACUUGAGCACAUACAGCACCGUAACAAAUGUACGUGUAUGUGGAUGUUCAGAUUUAGAGAAGACUAUUAGAAAAAUGUUCGUGUGUUUAAGGUGACUCGAUAGAAGCACACGCUCACUAAAGCAAUCUCACAUUUUUAUUAUACAUUCACACACACGCACACACACACUCUCCUUGCAUGCACAUAAAACCUGUGAGUCCCACGGCCAUGACUCAGCAAGCUACUGUCAUUUCCUCCAUUCUCACUUCUUUCUCUCUGUUCAGCUCGUCCGAUCGCUCCCAUCUUGGUCCCGUUCUUAUGAAUUUCACACAUUUUGCCGAGUUGUUUCAAAAGCUAGCAGAGCUUUUCAGCUGCACUUGUUUAUGUUGCAAUCAUAAAUAAAUAAGUUCAUAGGUUUCAGAAGAAGAAAGCAAGAUGAGUUAAAGACAGAAAAAACACAACUUUUCAUAAAAGGAGUUGUAAAUGUCGCUGGUAGUUUAGUAUAAUGAUAAAAUAUAUAUAUACAUAUAUUUUCUACGUAAAAACACAUGUUUGUACUAGAUAUGUACUAUUAUAUUGUGGAUGGAAGAUUCACUUCAACACAAUUUCUUUGGUUGUUAAGGACGCCAGGAAGAGAAGCGCAGUAAGAACUCUUCUUUCUCAAGAUUUAAAUGCGUGAUCGUAGAAAAAUGGACACGACACUGAAGUAGUUUAAUGACACAACAACAGCAGUUAAGCAAGUCUGUAAGGACAGCGGACAAAACAAUGCUAGCUGGUUAUUUUUAAAAAAGAUCCCUUUAAAAAUGGGACGCCCAAAUCGUUUUAGGCAAAAAUCUAGAUUUAUGAAAGUACAAAAGGGUGUAGUGAAAGGACAAUUAACUUGGUUUACUUUUUAUUAACUAAAGUUCAAUGGAAACAUUCGGGUUUGUCUAUAAUUACAAGGAAACACGUAUUCUCCACCAAUUUUAUUAGACACUAAAAAUGUUCUUAUGGUAACCCAAAGAAAAACAAGCCUAACCCCGGCUCUCCACCUGAUGUGUAGCGUAAGAUGCAAGUAUAAUACGCAGCUAAUAGCCACCAUUAUAGUCAAUGGGUGUGUUUCCAGCGGGAGUGGGGUGGCGUCUUGAACGCAUCCCAGAAGCAUAGUGUGACAGCGCUGGGUAAAUGUAUGCAUUUUUACACGCCACAUUUCCAGAACACGCCAAGCUCAGCAGUUCAAAUCAGGCCAUGCUAAAAGUCAAACACUGGAGCAGAGUAAAGCAGCCUACAACUUUCAAAAUAAAAGACACAUGCAGAUUUAUUAUUGCUUAAAGACCAAGUUCCCUUGGUGCUCCAAUUUCAAGAAUUAGAAGUAAGCCAGAGCAGAGGGGAGCAGAACUCUUAUUCCCUGACACUCGGAUAUCUCCCCUCUGAUUGGCUAACAGCAAUACAUCUCUACCACUGACUCUACAGGGAGCCUAAGUCACGUCCAUCUACUUCCGCACCACGGGUCCCUGGAAGAACGAAGAACUGAAUGCAAGUCAACGGGGCUAAAAACGCUAUUUUUUAAUUCCGCUUGUUAUGUGCCAUGGAUUUCACAUAUGAUGUCCGUGAAUUUUAAAGACACAUUUUGAUACCAAGAACGCUUAUUUUCGAACGGGGGGACGAUAUUUUAGGUUUUGUGUGAAAAUAAUUCCAGGUCUACAAAUGCGCUUCACGAAAAUGACGUCAUCGGACCAGACACAGAGAAAACUGAGGGAAAGUUCUUCAAACCUCCCAAACUUCUGACGUCAGCUCUGAGGAUGUUUGCAGCCGCAAACGAAACGUCAGCAAGGUAAAGAAAAACCUUAUCUGUGUUUAAAAAAUAACCAAAAAUGGAAUUAGAAAAUAGCGUUUUAGCCCCGUUGACUUGCACUCAUUUUUUCGUUGUUCCGGGGACCCAUGAGCCGACCGGAAAGGAAGGAGACUUAGGCUCCUUAUUUGCUCUGCAACAUUGAUGUUUCAUCUUCACAAAUAAUACAAGCCUGGAGGAGUUCUGAUGUGUUGUGGAGUUGCUAACGCUAAUGGUUAGCUUCUAUUAGCCGAGACGCUCUGCUGUUUCCUGGACGCUAAACCAACAACAGCCAGGAUGGGUGAGUUUAUGAAUGCUGAUUUUCAGCGUGACAAAGACCUGAGUGUUUUUCUAAUCCGAGUGUCUCCACGUCUAUUUUGUAUCGGCUGCUAAUCUAGUUAAUGGGGGUAGACCAUUUUCACAUUUAGCCUGCAUUUGAAACUUAGCUUGAUCGAUCGUAUUUUAAAAAAGAACAAGUAAAAACUGGUUUCUCCGUGAACUUGGCCUAGAAAUAGUAAAACAUAAUACAUGAUUACAUGUGACCUCCAAGGUGAAAAUAAACCACAGACCUUCUGGAUACAUGCUGCCAUAUUUUUCCUAGCUUGUUACUGUGUCAAAUGGCAAAAUCAAGCUUGAUCUUUCGAUUCCACGGGAAUUUAGUGAUGUCGUGGGACCGGCUGUGGAGAAGGCAUCCGCAGCCGCUGCUCGUCCGAAGCGUGUCUCUGAGACUGCGAUGUAAUUGCGUCUAUUAUGCUACGCGCCACUUACUCAUCAGGUAAAAAGCCCCGGUAAUGCCUAAUUUUUCUAAAUAUUUACUAAUUGUAAAACUUGCACAUGUUAGUUAGCAUAUUAGCAAAACUGUUGGGUAAAGAGAUCAAUUGGUUCGUGAAACUGUUACUUGACAGUAACAGUUCCAACAAUAAUUCCCAGGAUGGUGAGAAGUUUUGAGUAAUUGCUAAUGCCCACUAAACAGGCUUACAUACAGUAGGUGCUAGACAAUAACAAAAAUAACAAAUAUCCUUAUUUCUAACAGAGAGAAUGUGAGACGAAUUAUUCCUGAUUUGUGACUAAUAUCUUAAUCAUGCUGGUCCAACGCUGAGAGCAAACCCGUGUCAUCGUCACAACCCGUAUCACAUCCAACAUCAACUCCUCCAAGGCCACCCACGGCUGAGCUGUGAUGGAUGGCUCAUAAUUUAUUUCAUUCUGUUUGUUUAUCCAUGAUAUCCAAGCUGUUAGGGUGGCGGGUGACAACAAACGGGCCAACGCAUCAGUCACGGGCCUGUCUGCGGGAAUGUUGCAGGGAUGACACGCCAACAGGAGGUCCCUCUCGCUCUGUGGGGGGGCAAGUUGGAAGAGUUGUUUACUGUCCAACUCCUAAAACCUUGUGGCGUCAGCAAAAUAGUUGAUGAAACGGAGUCGCCGCACGUAAAGAAGUUAGAAAAGAUAAAUACAUGUAGUUGUGUUGACGAUUAGAGGAGUAUUUAUGAAGAAGAUGGAAAUAUUUGUGUUUUUCGAGUGCAUGCUAGUAGUAGUAUUAUUAGUACUAGUAUAUGUAGCUAAUAACCACAAAGUGAACCAAAUUUUUGUUUUGACAUUUCACAAAACUGGAUGGCCCACUCCAGGUUGAAGAGGGCGAGAUCCUACCUCAAGUAUCUGUAAGUCAUGUUCAAGAUUGAAGGAAGGUUGGAAGUGGAGAUGGACAGAUGGAUUAGGGUGGUGUCUGCCGGAAACUGGACUUCUUUGGUUUCAUGAAGACGUUUCGCUUCUCAUUCGAGGAGCUUUGUCAAUUCUGACUGUAAUAUGGCAGGGUCAAGCUUAUAAACUGUAGAUGUCUGCCGUUGCUUAAAGCCUACUGCUCACUGGAAGCGUCAGCGGCGCGGAAUGGCAGCGGAAUGUCACCGCUUCAAAUAGAAUCCAUCAGAGUCUAUGGGGGUGAUUCAAACCAGCCGCGAUGCAACAACUUUCAGGCGCAGAAGCACCACACCGCGGCGCCAAAGAUAGGAUCGGCCACGCAAUCUUGGUUCUGUUUAGUCACCAUGAGCUAUUGUCUGUCUCCAACAGUCACUGAGUGUGAGACAGGGCACACCCUAGACAGGUUACCUGUCAAAACAUAAAACAUUAUGUCAAAGCUAGGACCUGGAGACUCAUUUUGACUCUGCCCAUACCCCAACUUCUGAUUCUUUAAACCGUAAAACAACUCUGGAUGAGGAAUUUUGAAAGUAUUACCCCAACGUACAGCCUUUGACUAGCUAUCUUAAAGGGACAUUUCACAUCUUUUAAACUGUGCUUCUGCAGUCAAGUUAUGAACAGUUGAUAUCGUACCUGUUAGGUGUUAGAACAAACUCAGUUUAGAGAAACAGGACUUAGUUCUGGCCAAGUCGAUAAACUUGUCUUAAAAGGGGCCAUGUCAUGGAAAAUCCACUUUUUGGUGCAUUCCAGCAUGAAACCCUCAAACCCUUGUUUGGCUGCAUUCAUGCAUUUUCCUGUUUCAGUCGCAAAUUUUGAAUUUUAUUUUGAAAAUCCUGAAACAGCUUAAUGUAUAAGAUGUACAUCAAUCUAUCUUCCUGCUCCCAACAUCAGGCCCUGCACCUUCCCCAGAAAUUAGUCUGGUCUGAAACCGGUCUCCCCGGCCAGGUUAGGACAUGUGGCAGAGGCGACAAGUGUCAUGUGACAGACUUGGUCUAGUCGUCUAGUCUAGUCGUAGGUACGAUGGGCAGGGAUUCAGUUUUGUGCAGAUUCACAUCCCGGUCUCAGCAGUAACUUUUUUCUUCUAUUUUAGCUUCACUUGCCAGUAUUAUGUUUUCAACCCUUUAUUGAUAAACAGUUUAGAAUAUAAGGAAUAAUAUGGGUUUUUUUCUACUUCGUUUAUUUAGCCAGUGUGAGUCCAUGUGAGGUGAGCAGACUAAACCAAUCAAAAUGCUUAGAAAUGACCAAAUUCAAAGAUGUUUAUAGACACAAAAUAUUUUGCAGAAACUAAUCAGUAACACUAAAAUAUAAAUACAUGAAAUCUGCUUCAGCUGGCUAAAUAAAUUACUGCCGACACUACUGGGAUUCAAACCCACAUCAGCACAAUCCUACGACCUUAAGAGUCUUGAAAGGUGCAUACAAAUAAAAUGUAUUAUCUUUAGCGACGCAGUGCAGAUAACCAUUCCUGAACUGAAACGCUCUGCGCAGUGGCCGGUUCAAAUCAACCCCAUAGACGUUCCACGACGCUGAUGCCUCCAGUGCGGAUUAGGUGCCCUGUGUCAAAACUGAGAUGGCAGGAGGCGCCUUUACCACGGGACUACCAUAGUCAACAAAGUAACCAGCUUGCCUAAGACGCUGUAGUGGACACGUUUUGUCAGCACUGGCAUGCACAGAGUUUCACCGAAAUGAAGCUCCUUAAUUCUGGGUAUAAAUUCAGGCUAAUGAAAAUAACUUGUAUUUAAGACAAAUAACAUCUCAAUAGCGCCAAUGGUAAUAUUUUAUCAUAUACUGUGCCUACCUUUGUUCUCAAAGGUUUAAAAUAGCAUGAUAUGGAACCGGCCACAAUCACAGAUAAUUUACACCAUCGAAACACAACUCCAACCUCUAAAUAUUUUAAAGCAGUUCAUACAAAAGCAAACACAAAACCCUUUACACUGUUGCAUGGUUGAAUCCUUUGAUUUCUAUGGAUAUUCGCAAGUGCAAACAGCAUCAGCUAGCCGUAGCACUUCCAGUGCAGUUUGGGGCACACAAUAUCUGUGUAAAGCACAAGUAAAAGCAGUGUAGGGGUCUAAAUACAUUUCUGAGAUUGGAGUAGUUUAGGGUAACAGCUGUCCACAACUAGACCACGACUAAGUGGUUACUUCGCCCUCCAUGUUGGGACCUAGGGCUAAAUGUUAUGGACCAACAUUAACACAGUAUUAGUAUUAGGGCUGCACAAUAUAUCGCAAAUAUAUCGUUAUUGUGAUAUCAGCAUGCGCAAUAUGCAUAUCGCAAAGAACAGAUAAAUAUCGCAAUGAAUGGUCAGCUCAAAUGUUUGCUACACAUAAAGCAUUUUGUCAAACGGAAGCUUGAUGUUUUUUUUAACAAAUCAAAUAGAGUUCUUCACCCAUUUGGCCAAUUGGGUGGGUUCUCAUAGGUUAGAUGCCCGCCCCCGAAGCGGAGGGCACUUAAUUUUGAUGGUUAGCAAACACCUGAGUUAGCUUUGUUCUGCUCUUUCUGCUGAUUCUGCUUUUCUUGUUCAUUUUCUUUGUCCCUUUCCUCACAUCUUUUGCUUUUCUCGUUUUUGUCAUUUUUUUAAAUUUCUUUGUUUUUGAUUAUUUUUAUUCCCGAGUUAAGAUUUUGUUUAUCGCAAGUAAUAUUGUCACUGCAAUAUUUAUCACUGUUAUUGCAUAUCGCAGGUUUUCCUAAUAUCGUGCAGCUCUAAUUAGUAUCAUAGAUAAUCAAAAAAUACAGCAAAACACCAGAAAAUGCUAAAGCUACCACUUAGCUUUGAUCGAUGCAAAUGAGGAGUGAGCUUGCUUUAUUUCCUGUGGUGCUAGCUAAUUUAAAAAACAGACAAAUCAUUUGCUGCGAUCUGGCAAACAGAGUCAUUUGGUGCAAACAAAAGCAGCUGCAUAUGGUACGAGAGCCAAUUGGCUGCUAAUCCCACUUCAUAUGGUGCGAACAUGAAACACACGUGUACUUAUGGUGCAAUAAGGGCAGAUUGUCUCUUUGAAUUCUCUGGUGCGACUCGAGUACUGCCUUCAGUUAUCGGCCAAGGCUGUGCCAAAGGCUCCUUCCAAACCGACAACUGCUCUUCCUGUCCUGCAGAAGCUAUGCAAGUCUCCGUGCAGGGAGAUGUGCUUAGUGUACAUGCACAAACACUCAUACAAACACAUAAACACAGGGUUUUCCUCUGCAGCAGGGAGAUAUGUUUAACACACUUACACUAGAACAGACACACCCAAUGUCUAAUAAUCCCUUACCCCUUUAUAUGUUGGGAACAAUAUUCAUAUGGUGCUAUUGCAGAAAGGUUUUUUGUAAAGUUGUGAAGAAUUUAGCCAAAUAUGUUUAGGAUGAAAACACUUUUCAGUUCAAGCUAAAAGCAACAUUUGGUGGCGAUGCUCGACGCAGAGUGAUACUACUGCUUUGGUACUCUUGGAUCAGGACGUUGCACUGUACAUGUGUCAAAAAUCAAAGGAAAACCACACUGUGUCCGCACUACGAACCAAUGAUGUGCCAUGUAGAGAACACAGUCAGCCAUUUCUUGUUAGUGCUUGUGGAUUUUUUGCAUGAAUGUUGUAGAUUUGAAGGCACAAAUAAAGUUUUACCCCAGAGGCAUCAAGGUUUCAAGCACCACAGGUGCUUCUGGGUUUAUGAAAGGGGGCUCAUUUUGAGCUUCCUAGCCGUUGAUCCCAGUGGAUUUUUCCAAUGUAUAACUCUCCCCAAAACCACAUUCCCCGUUGCAACCAGAGCUUCAGCCAAUCAGAGAUCUGGUUUAAUACAGCCAAAUCAGGUCAGAAACAACCAAAUACUAUAGUUUCUUUUUAUAACAAGGAAGCUUUCACGUGUAGGUUUAAAACUCGACAUAAGACACAAUCAAAGGGAAGGCAUCAUUUCGGUCAUUGUUGGAUCACAAAGUAGAAAAGGCUGUAUCUACAGUCGAGUAGGUUGUCUACAGUUGAAAAGCUUCCUCCUUCACCUAGAAAACCAGAGCCUUAGCUAGGCCCACUCUUUGAGAACAUGAAAUCCAGCUAGUGCUCUCUCGCUUUUGUAUGGCCACGCAUCUACGGCUAUGCAAAGUAACAAAAAGCAGGAUGGCUCUGGGCUUAGACAACCUUUACAAAUAUACCACAUCACUGUUGUUUCAGUAUUUUUGCUGUUUUUUUAAAAGAAGACUUGGGGGGCUCUAAUUUUUUUAAUGAAUUAGGACACAAUAAAAAGCAAAAAAAGAAAAAAAGUGUUAUACCACCAACACAAAUAACCUGUCAGCCAGAAAGUGGAAGUCCACUGUAGGUCUUGACAAAGUCUUCAGACACAACCAUCAAGGAGCCUUAGAAUGGUGCUAGCAUAUUCAAGACAAGAAUCCUGAAGACAUCAGAAUGGCUUAAGCUUAGUUUAUGCUUGACGCAUUUACUUUCCGCGCGGUGAUGCGGCUCGCGGAUGGAACGCGCUUCACAACUCGCAGCGUUUACGGUUCGUGCGGCUUGUCUCUGCGGUGAGCCAAUAUUCUCCCAAACUGAACGGGGCAGCAUGGCGCUCUACAGCAUGCAUCCAACACUACACCAUAGUAGAAGUAGAAACUACUGUUUACAACAUGGCAUUCCAGCAUUUUUAACAGCGUCCUCGUCUUUUCAGACAGUGCGAGCUAUUUCUCUCCAAGAAUUAUUAACAACAUGUUGAUCACGGUGAUCUCUGAGAGCUGAAUCAUACAAAUGUCUGUAUUUACGAACCUCUGCCAUACUAGUUCUUGCCGGUCCGCCAUGUUUUUCCGCGUCCGUCCAUCCACGUGGUUAGAAAUUUUCCGAGGUGCGCGUUGCGGAAAUCUUGGGCCGUGCGGAGACGCGGUGGAGGGGCGUGGUUGUUAAAAUGACGCAAAAUGACGCAACUUUUCCGUGCGGAGCCGUGCGGACCUCGCGGACGCGUCAAGCAUGAACCAACCUUUAAUCAGAUUUCGAAGCCUCAGUCAGAUUUGGCCUCAACUUUUUAGCACAUAGUUGCAUCUCAGUUAGAGAGUUGUGCCAUGAUGAGGCCUAAGAGGUGGGGCGACUUCAGCAACACGCUGAAGAGUCUUUAUUGGAAUAAAAGGCAGAUGGAUUGAGUGGUGAGGGCACUGGAACGUGUAUCAGGGAUAGAGGAUACAGCAGGGAAAGAAGUAUUUGGAGAAUAUCUACAUUUGUUAUGAUUCAGCCACAUUGUAAAGAGUUAGGGUUAGGUUGUGCAACCUAUGGCAUCUUUGGUGAGGUCAUAACCCUGUACAAAGGUGGCCUUACAUUAGAGUUCCCAAGAGUAGGAACACCAAAAUGAAACAAACCCUAGAAAUCGGUUGUAGAUUCAAGAGACCCAAGUCAAAAGGUAAAAUAUUGAAUUCACAGCAGAAGAUUUUGAAAGAAGUUUGACUUGUUUGAAGGGGUUGGCAGCAAAAACUGUGUUCGUAAAAUUGCAUUGGCGCAAACACCUCAUACCAACAGUAUGGUUGGAACUUUUUUGAGACAUUGACUUGACCAUAAACUUGAGUUGAAUGUUGGGUCACCUAUCCAAAGUCUGGUCCUAAUUGAGUCAGGAAAUUGAAAGAUGAUCAAAAUCACAAUAGAACAGAAUGGCUGAAAAAAAGGAAAUCAAGGGUUUUCAAUGUUUCAAAGUCCAGAACUUGUUCUGAAAACCUGACCUGUUUCUAAACAAGUCUUCACACUUUCUGAAUUCUGGCUUCAAGUUGUUUCUAAAUAGCAAAUAUAACCAUGUCUAAGGCUUUAUGUACAUACUGUUAAACCUCUGGGAAGAACCAAAUGAUCAUUUUUAAUGUCCUGAUUGGCAAAACCUUUAGAACUGAAAGAUUGUGAACUUACACAAAUGUACAUGACAGUGAAUUGUUUUAAAGGUUUUUGCAUUUGCUUUAGAUAUUUACCAUCAUUUUUAUGAAGUCAUUAUACCGUCAAGAUUGAUAAGUCAGGAGUGGGAAGAUGAUGAUGCAACUUCCUCCUUGAGAAAGUUGAAUUCCACCUCCUGACUGAGGAAUGUGUCUCUUAUUGUUAAAACAAAAAUCUGAUUGUUUUAUCUUCUUUUGGACUACUUGUAGGGGUGGACUGGGGCCACAAUUCGCCCACCAGGACAAUGCCAGAUGGACCAGUCCACCCCUGACUACUUGCUCCACUAUCAGGGUGUAUAAAUCAUAUGAAGCCUACGGUAUGGCUGUAUGCACGUGUGUACAAGCUAGUGUUUUUGUUUGGUCUACAGCUGCAAAAGAAUGACUGCUCAUUUUUUAUUUUAAAGAGCUCAAAGCCGGUUGUUUCUGAUCUCAGACCAGUUUCUGUCAGGCUUGAGUCCAACAACCACUGGAAUAUUUUUCUUUAAAAAAAUCAUAAAUUGAGUGAAAAAGAUUUCAGAUGUUUGACUCAGAUUUGUAUCCUACAGACGGGGCAGGGUCAAACUAAACAUCAACUUGGAUGUAUCUAUACCAUAAGCUUUUAUUUUGUCAAAAUCACGCUUUUCUAUUGUCAGCGUGGAGAAGAAAAAAGUUUUAAAAAGUAGUUUUAGUAAUGAUGUGCAAACGUAGCUUUUUAAUUUUCCUGUGGUUGGCAUUUUGAUUGUAAAUACCCUUUUGUUGUAACUUCUCAGUCGGAUCUAUGUUCCACAGGUUUGCGUAGAUGGUCCUUUCAAAUGUACUGAUGGUAAAUGUUCUUUAUUAAUAUCUAGAAUGUAAGGAGGAGAAAAAAUUACAGCUCCACAUGAAACUGGUUUCGUAGGAAUCUGUGCCAUCGUGUUGUCUUGCGUAUAAGCACACUGAUAGAUGAAGUUUUUGGAAAUGAUUGGUCAGACAGCCUUAAGCAAGGUUUGGAUCCACGAAAGUAUUAAGAUAAGCACAUUUUCCAAACCGAAGCAGUGAUUAGCUGGCAAUAUUAGCUUAGAUCUAAGCUCUGGAAUCGACCAUUAUUCACCAGAAUCAGUUUAAUGGAUAAUCGACUCAACUGAACUUUUUAUUCAGUUCAUGAAUACAUCAAUAAGCGUCAAUCAAGCAAACAGUAUCCGACAUUUUUCCCAGAUUGUCAACUUAUCAUCACCAAGUGCAAAUUUGCGAUAGACGAAAGGAAAAACUUCAUUGGUAAUUGUAGUUCUAUAUAGGAUCAAUCAGCAGUAAACUGGUAUUUCGUAGCCUGGCAAGCCGUCCUAUACAUGUGAUUAUAUAGUCUGGCUACGACCCAAAUACAGAUCUGUCAAGGGGGUAUAUUCUUCCAACUGUCUCCGCAUGCUAUUGGUGAACGCACAACGUGGCAUUCUCACCGCUACAGAUGUCAGUCAACGGGGCAGUCCACAAUAUACUGAUGACACAAAUACAUCCUUUUUCUAAAUAAAGGACUUAAGAACCUAUAUUUUCUAUUUACUCAAUGAAAAGCCCGUCUAAAUAGUCCAAAGUUGAUGCUAAAGCAGUUUCAAAUGAGCCAUAGCCAUCUUUGUUUCGCUCUGUCGCAUCAUCCCACCCACCAAACCGAUAGAGCGCUGUGAUUGGCCCACCAAACCAAUAGAUUGCUGCGAUUGGCCCACCAAACCAAUAGAUUGCUGCGAUUGGCAUAACACAGGACUGUUCAGGCCUGCUGAGGCUCUCGUGAAGCUUGGCUAGACCAAUCUGCAGGGGAAACAAUAAUUUUGCUUUGCCUACAGUCUUUCUAGAUUUCUAGGCUAGGUAUUUCAGGCUGUUACUUUUUAUUUUUUGCUAUCGUAAAUUGAUACCAGUGCUGAACUCCAGAGUUAGGGUGUUUAAAGCUCUGGAAAAGUACAGUUAAAAAACACGGUAGCACCAUUUUGACUAACAGAGAGAAUACCCUUCUUUUAAAAAAAUUGUAUAAAGUUCUAAUCUUCUCUUGGUGUUGUGCUGGAAAAAGCACCUCUGCCAUCUAAAGCACCCCACCUAGUUAAAGGCCCACUAACAUGACAGUAAAACAAGUUUAUGUGUAGCUCACUCAUGUGCCCAGCUUUCGAUCAUCUUAGUGAGCUUUGCUACUAUUGAAAAUCAUUUGAUAGAUCAAUUAGUCGACUUUUAAUUGGUGAAAAAUAACAGGGUGUUUCUCUGAGUGUUAGCUAAGCCAAUCAAAGAAUGCUUUACGUAAGCGAUGAGGAUAUUUUUGACUCAUGCUAAUGCUAGGCUGUCUGGCCACCAUCUCCUGACUUAGCUGUAGAAACGAUGACCGCCGUCAUCAAAUCUGUUCACACCGCUCUUGCGUUAGCGUAUCAGAACAUCGUUCAGGUAUUUACCAUUUUCUUAUGAGUUUAUGUGUUGGGGCAGGGUGAGUGGGUGCCUCUAAUUUACACCAAAUAUUUUAGACCAAUCACAAACGAGACAGGAGAGAAGCAUCUCGGUUCCUGGUCUGUGUUUUCUGCGUCUACUUAAGUGUUACAAGGCAUUCUGGUAGAAGAGAUGAUAUUUUUGAUGGCUCCAUUGGGCCAGCAUUAGGAAAUGUGUUAUUUUUGUUACAAUAACUCCUGCAAAUAGAGUCUAUUUAUCUGUGAGAUUUACUAAAUGAAAAUACAGACGACUGCAUAGAAAUGAGAUUUUAAACGAUGUACAACAGAUAUUAAAGAAAACUUGUAGUUGAUUUGAACACGAUACAGAAAUGUGUCAGUAUUACGUUUGGUUUUAUAUAUUUGUCAUUUUAUUACGUUGUAAUGUUGUGACUGCAAUGGAGAGGAAAAAAAACAAAGGAAUAUAAAUGAUUUUUUUCCAAA